GCGCUGAAAGGUCAAGGUAGUUUAAAGGGGCGGACAAUGCAUUGAUGCUGGAUUGUGUUUCAUAUCUAUUUAACAGAUUAAUUCUGUUUUAUAUUCGAAUGAAGUGGAAUAUUUUGUAUAAUUCAAGCAAAUGCAAGAAACAGUAGGUCUAUGAAUCUGAAGACUAAUAAAGAUUCGACAAAUAAGAUACUAUUUCCCUGCAGUAAUUGAAAUGAGUGUUUCUGCUCACCUGGAAGAAACUUAAGACACUAAAGUAUCAUUUGCAAAUAUGAGAGUGUCUGGAGAUCUAAUUACAUAUAUCAACUGUACGUCAGGGGGUAAUCCUUGAUUUAAAUGGUAGAAGGUUAUUUGGAAGUAUAACAAGGUCAAUUUUUUAAGAGGCCUGUCAUAAUUUUAACACUUUGAUGGAGGCUAAUUACAAGGGUGACGCGACAGGUAUCGUUAAUUUCAGCAGGAGAUACCAGUAACAAUCUACCUGAUGGUUAAAAAAUUUGAAUAAUGAAUAAGAUAUCAUAUGGAUUAUAAUAUACCUGUGAACGAAUAGGUUUUUAACAUGGAAAACUUGCCGAUAAUAAACAUUUCUGAGUGGAUUUAAGUCCAGUACAUAUCACUGUUGGAUUUCGCUAGCAAUACCUAAAGUUUUCUGUUUCAUAAUGAAAAGAAUAUAGAAUAAUAUAAUAUAAUCUUUUAUGUUUAAACGAGGGUUUGUUUUAAUCGUGUGAAAAAAAAGUUUAUAGAACAAAUUCCAUAAGUAAAUUUAUUUGAUAAUGGGAGCCGUCAAUAGCUGCUGUAUCCCCAAAAAUAGGGACUACGAUCAUGACAACAAAAAGCUUAAAAAACACAGAAGGAACUUAAGUGCAACUUUUAAUAUGUCCAUGAUGGAUGAAACACCCCAAAACAUGAUCAACAUCAAUUAUGCAGCGGAAGAAGAAUUGAUGACACUUCCUGGAAUAAACCGUGCAACGGCACAGAAUAUCAUUGAGUAUCGAAAACAAAUUGGAGGAUUUAAGAAAGUUGAGGACUUGGCUCUUGUCUCUGGUGUUGGUGCUGCAAAAUUGAACACAAUAAGGAAUGAAGUUUGUGUGUCGGUGAAAAGAAUGAUGAGUGCAACUGAGGGAAAUUCUGGUGGAAGUUCGUUAAGCGGAAGUAAUAAAGAUUUAGAAGUUUUUACAAAUGAUUCUGUGAAAAAGAAAAAUGGGAAUUCGAAAAUGAAUAUAAAUUCUUCAAAUGUUUUCCAAUUAAUGAAAAUUAAUGGUGUUGGACAAAGUCUUGCUGAAAAUAUAGUAACUUAUAGGGAUAAGAAAGGACCCUUUAAAUCUAUAGAUGAUCUAGUCAAAGUGAAGGGCAUAGGAAAUAGUAUUUUAAGUGCAAUACGAUAUCAAGUCUGCUUGGAUGAUUCUGAGGACCAAACAUUCAUGAAUGGCAAUGUCACACAUAAAGACGAUUCUAAUUCAAACUCAUCAUCUAUUAACACAACUACAUGUACAAGCAGACAUUUAUCUGAAUCCACAGAAAAUAUGUUGAAUAUUUUAGAACCUAUCAUUAAAUCUUCUUCUCGACCAAAAGUGACACCAUUCAAUUUUAAACAUAAAAACAAAGGCGUAGUGAGAAUAGCUAGUUGGAAUGUGGAACGAUUCAAUGAAGAAAAAGCUAAUAAUCCUGGAGUGAGAGAAGUUGUUUGUAUGACAAUUCUGGAAAAUGGAUUUGGUUUAAUUGCAUUUCAAGAGCUUGCUGAUGAGAAAGCAUUAGAAAAGAUAUGUGAUGAACUAAACACUCCAUCUUUAUCAUGUACAAAGAAAUGGUCAGGACGUGGAGGAAAAUGGAAGUUUUUAGUAUCAGAGGCUACUGGUAAGAUGUAUCAGUCUAACGAAUACAACGGCUUCCUGUAUGAUGUUUCACAAGGGAUAACAUUAAAUCAUUCUGCAUUGCUGGAAAAACCUAAUAACUCACCUAAACCAUUUACGAGGGCACCAUUUAUUGGAACUUUUAAGAUGAAGAAAUUUGAUUGUAUAGUUGUGAGCGUACACAUGAAAGCUACAGGUUUAGCUAAUGAAGACUUGGACAGACUUCAGGAAGAAAUAGAUCAAGUACCCAAAUUGAUCAAAGCCAUAGAACAACAAUAUCCAGGGGAAGAAGACAUUAUAAUGUUAGGAGAUUUCAAUUUAGAUCCACAGAAAGAAGAUUUUGAUGUAAUGCGUAAGAAAGGUUACGAUAAUUGUCUACCAGCAGGAGAAUAUACAAAUAUCAGCAAUAACAACCUUAAAGGAAGUCAGACUUAUGACCAUAUAUGGAUAACAAGUAGCACUAAAAAGGCAUUUUCAGGUUAUUCAGGUGUUGUAAGAGAAGGUCUAACAAGUCCUCUGAUACCUAAAGGCUGGGCAUGGGGAGGUGUUGUCAGUGACCAUUGUCCAGUAUGGACAGAGUUAUACACAGGGAAAGAUUUAGAUUCAGCAGAUUUGACCAUCACUCCAGAUACCAUUAAGUUUACUCUCGAUGGUUGAUUUCAAAUACUGUGGAAAAAAAACAGAUACAUGUAUAUAUUUUCAGAGGCCUUUAUCUUACAAGGCAGCAGUGAACAAAAUCCAGCUUUUGAAUAUAGGAUAAUUGAUUUCCACUGAUCACAUCGGGAAUCACGAUUGAAAAUUCGUGGAGGAAUCCGAAUCCAGAGGAGCAAUUAAUGAAACAUUUGUAACGGUUGGUAGGUAAAAUCUGAAUAAGAAAAUCAGAUUUUACUUACCCACUGUUACAAACUUUUCAUUCAUUGCUCCUGGGAAUUGGGAUACCUUUGCGGUUUCGGAUCGGGAUACCCAGUGUGCUGAUGAAUUUGGGAAAUUUAUUUACCUAAAAACUAUCAAUUCUAGAAAGUUGUGGGAAAGCAUGUUCAGUCUGAUAGACAAGAAUUAUAAAUGGGUUGUAACCGUAAGGAAAAGAUAUUAUACCUCAGACAUAAGAUUUUAUUUAUAAUGUAUUUUAUAAAAGAGACAAGUGUAUAUAGAUUUUCUAAUAAACACAGAUGCCAAAUUAAACACUUACUCACAGAAAAAGAAAAUUUUGUACCAAGAUUUUAUAUAUCUGGGCAAAUAUUAGCCAAAUUGUUGUUCAAAUUAAGAUGAAUUUAAUAUACAGAAACUACUUAUUGUUUAUAAAAAAAAGAUAUGAAGGCAAUGAUUUUUGACAUGUAUUACUUAACCCAAUUUUUUGAAGUUUUAAAAAUUUUGCUUGCAAGGUAUUUGUAUUAAUAACUUCAUCAAUAGUAAAAUAUUUUAAUUUCCCAAUGAACUAAAUUCCAAGUGCAUGACUGAAAGAAAUUUAAGCAUUAUCUUUCUUUUGACUUUGAAAACUGUUUUUAAUACUACAAGGGUACAAUAAGAAAAUAUUAAUUAUGAUGAAAGUAGAAAGGUUAUUUAUUACAAGUUUAUAAAUGAGAUUAAUAUAGUUAUUGCAAUAAUGACUCUACAUGGUAAAGCAACAGUAUUAUAUACAUUUUAUUGUGAAUUUGAUGACAUAUUAGUUUUUAUAUGAAGAUUUUUUAUUGUAAAUGUACCACACCAAGCAAACUACCUGCUGGUGGUAAAAUAAAUUAGAACCAAGAUGUUUGAGGUGAAGAUUUAUACUAGAAAGAUAUGUAAAAUUGGAAGUUAGAUGUUUUUUCCCCACUUUUUGGUUUUUCAAUGGGGCAGUUAAAUCUUCAGUGUGUUUCAUUGUUUGCAUUCUACAGUAUUGUAAAAUGCAUUUAAAUGGACAGUUAAAGUGUGAGCAUAGGCAUGGUAAAUUUGGUGGUUGAAUUCCUACCAUUAACAUAGCAAACAUUAGACGCACAAAGAAAUUUCCCGAUAUAUUUUAAUUUUUUUGGUAAAUCCGUUUUAAUUAUAUUAACAGAGAUUUUUUUGUACAAAUUGGAACUUUUUAAAGCAAAAGGCUAUUAGUUAAGGCUAUGUAGUUCUCAUGCGUAACAAAUGUUAACUCUUGCUAUUUAAAAAUCAUGUUGAAUUAUGGGUGUCUUGUAUAAAUUCUUUCAGGAUGGCUUUCUAGAAAUUUUUUAUCUAGUCAAAUAUUUAAAUUAGAUUUUAUUUAUAAUUUAAAAUUAGAUCUAUACUCUAGUUUGAGUUAAGACUAAUAUCAUAGCAUAAAAGGGUAAAUAAAUUUAUUUCCUUCUCAUAAAGAUUUAACAUGAGAACUUUUCAUAUUAUUCAUUCAAGAAAUGACUAAUUCAGUUGCUAAAAUUUGACCAUAUUAUUUAAAAGUGCUACCAAGUAUUAUGUAUCCAUGUCAUACUUUUAUAUGCAUAUAUAUAGUUUAAGUUAUCAAACUUUUAGCUUAAAUGCAUGUAUCCAUGUCAUAUUAUAUUUGCAUUAUAUUUAAGAUAUCUAAUUAUUAUCUUUAAUGCAUUAAAAUUAAGUUACAAAUCUUUAUUUUGAAAGCAUUUGUUUUGAGGUAUUAAUUUAUACCUUGGGUACAAUGAAUUUAGAUAUUCUUUUAUAUCUUGUGGACCAGUUCUUUAUGGUUACUGAAUGCUAUUCCUCUAUAAAGUGAAAGCUAUGAUGCAAACCUAAGAUUACCUGGUCUACAAGAAUGAAUGGGGUCUAGAUUUAGUGUAUAAAUAGGGUUGUUCAAUUCAAACAUAUAAGGUAGCCAAAACAGACUCUUUUAAGGGACACAAUUGCCUCCAUGGGUUAAUGGAAGCAGACCUAUCUUGAGUGUUGGAGGUUUUGGAUUCAAUUCCUGAAUAGGUCAAAGCAGACUUUUCAAAAUUACAUUUGCUGAUUCUGGUUCUGGCAUGCACCAUUUAAAAGUAAGAACAAAGAUUUUUCAGGUCAGAGUCUGAAUAAUGUUUCUGAAUAAAGUGAUGCCUUCCUGCAGACUCUUACCUUCUUAACUAGCAUAUUAAAAAUUUUUGAUCAGCCUCUCAAUCUAGUACAAAACUGGAUAUCUUCAUAUCAGUUUGGGAGGGACUUUCCUGUUUUAUAAGUUUUGGAGGGCCUUUCCUGUCUGCUAAGUUUGGGAGGGCUUUUCCUGUCUGCUCAGUUUGGGAGGGCCUUUCCUGUCUGCUAAGUCUGGGAGGGCCUUUCUUGUCUGCUUAGUUCGGGAGGGCCUUUUCUGUCUGCUUGAAAUGUUUUUAUGGAACAGCCCACAUAAACAUUGUAUUUAUUGUCAUGAAAGUGUUGUAAACUUGUUGUAAGUGACUUGUCAUACAUAAUAUAAGUCAGAAUGUAUUAUUUGUUUUGUUAUUUUUGCCACAUCAUAUUUUUACAUAUUUGCGAUAUUUUCACAGCAAUACAUUUUAUUUUUCAUGCAAUGUUAACAUUUAAAUGUCUCAUUUGUAUUUUUUUUUUGUUUUUUCAUAUUUUUAUAUAUUUUUGUAGCAAUUUUCAAUGCAAACUUCAGCUCUAUUAAUUGUUUAUCCGUUAACAAUGCAAAGAUGAUUUCAAAUGUAAAUCAUAUCAAAUUUUAAAGUAAGAACAUAUAUACACAAGAGGUAUAUGUUUUCCCAGUUUCAAUUUAAAUUAAUUUUUGAAUGAGAUUUUGGAAAACUUAAGUAUUAAAGCAGUAUUGAACAGUAAAAUUCUUUCUAUUCAUGUCCAGUUAAGGUCCAGGAACAGUUAAUAAGCAAUUUUCCACAGAUUUUAUUAACUUUUACAUGUUGAACUUUAAGCUGAAAAUCGAAGAAAUAUUUAAUAAAACUAUUUCAUUUGCUUAUUUUAAGAAUAUUCAUUCAGUAGUAUAUCCGAAAACAAAACAAAACAGAUAAGUGCAUUAUUUUAUUACUUAAAUUUAACAUGAAGAAUUUGUAUGUCAAGUCGAUUAAAAUAUGGAACAUCAUCUGUUACUGUUAAUUUGCCUAAAUACACUUUUGGUAUAAUUUGAAAUUCUUUUUAUACAUCUAGUCCAUUUCCUGUAAAUUUGUUAAUCUUGUAUUAUUGCUUAGGUUAUAGUAGGUUGUUGUAACAUUGUCAUCAUUUCUACUUUAUAAUAAAAAUAUGCAUAUAAAGGCCAGUAUAUUUAAAAGAUUUCACCCAAAUUUUUACUCAUACGAAUAUAGAUUAGUAGAAAUAAAAUGGUUAAAAAAUCAGUUAAUGUAAGGAAAAAAAAUCAGAAAUGAUAGCCUUUCCUGUGCAAAAAUCAAGAAGUGGAAAAAUUCAGAAACUUAAUACCCUUUCAUUGCAGACAUUUGGGGGGGGGAAUAAGAAAUUCAUACUUUUCUAUUGCAAAAAAAAGAAAAAAGGAGAUAAUAAGAAAUUUAAAACUUUUUCAUUGCAAAAAUCGUAAAUGUUAUAUUCCAUUGCAAAAAUCAUAAAUUUUAUAUUCCAUUGCAACAAUUAGAUAUUUAUUUUUUUACAAUGCAAAAAUCUGGUGGGGGAAUUCAGAAAUUUAUACUUUUUUGUUACAAAAUUGUGGAUAGAGGGAAUCAGAAAAUUAUGCUUUGCAGAAAUUUUAGGCCUGACACAUGCAAUUGCUUAUUUAUAAAUAAGACAAUGCCUGCCUUAUAAACAUUUUCUGCUUAAAAUAUGCUUUUUCUUAUUCAUAGAUUUAGACAUAUUGAUAAUGCAAAAAUAAGGCCUUUUUAUUAGAAUAAACUAAAAAGAUAUAUAUAUAUCUACUUUCAGAUCACAACAAGAAAAAAGGUACAUAAUUUUAUCUUUUAAAUAAAAUACUAAUGAUAGAGGAAUUAUAGAUAAAAUUUAACAUCCAGGGUAUAUUGGUGUUAAAGAUUGCAUGUUGAAAAAUAGUGAAAAUAAAAUUAAGAAAUUGGAAUUGAUAUUCUGCAUCAUUAAUAACAAUUUUUUUAUGUUUCAGAUUAUUAUUAUUUACUUAUGCUGAAGAAGCAAUAGAUUUUUGUUAUAAUUUUUUGCUCAAAUAAAAAGUUAUAUGAAA